AUGUCAGCAGAGUACAGUCUGCUGAAGAAAACAGGGGGCACACCACCACCACGUAAGCAGCACUCACCACGUAAGCAGCACUCGCCAGCUAAGCAGCACUCACCAGCUAAGCAGCACUCACCAGCUAAGCAGCACUCACCAGCUAAGCAGCACUCGCCAGCUAAGCAGCACUCGCCAGCUAAGCAGCACUUACCAGCUAAGCAGCACUCGCCAGCUAAGCAGCACUCACCAGCUAAGCAGCACUCGCCAGCUAAGCAGCACUCACCAGCUAAGCAGCACUCACCAGCUAAGCAGCACUCACCAGCUAAGCAGCACUCACCAGCUAAGCAGCACUCGCCAGCUAAGCAGCACUCACCAGCUAAGCAGCACUCGCCAGCUAAGCAGCACUCGCCAGCUAAGCAGCACUCGCCAGCUAAGCAGCACUCGCCAGCUAAGCAGCACUCACCAGCUAAGCAGCACUCGCCAGCUAAGCAGCACUCGCCAGCUAAGCAGCACUCGCCAGCUAAGCAGCACUCACCAGCUAAGCAGCACUCGCCAGCUAAGCAGCACUCACCAGCUAAGCAGCACUCGCCAGCUAAGCAGCACUCGCCAGCUAAGCAGCACUCACCAGCUAAGCAGCACUCACCAGCUAAGCAGCACUCACCAGCUAAGCAGCACUCGCCAGCUAAGCAGCACUCACCAGCUAAGCAGCACUCGCCAGCUAAGCAGCACUCACCAGCUAAGCAGCACUCGCCAGCUAAGCAGCACUCACCAGCUAAGCAGCACUCACCAGCUAAGCUGUACCAAGCGGCAUUCAACGUUACUUGUAAUGAGCUGAUUCUAAACAGUGCGCCAAAGCAUGAGGCGUCAUUUCAGCAGUCGCAAGCCGAAUCAGACAUUUGCAGCACAGCCCGGCACGUUGUGCUCCGCCAAAGCUAG